AUGAUAACUGAAAGGAAGAAGAGAGAAGUGGAACAACUACAAGAGACAGCAUAUGUAUUUCUUCAAAUGAGACAUUUCAUAACACUGGAUAAAAUGAGAUGCUUGCGGAAACGUUCAGCAGUGUCAUUCUUAGGACUUCUUGUCAUUUGUCUUCUUUUCAUGAACUUGUACAUAGAAGAUGGGUAUGUCUUGAAGGGAGACAAACAGCUCAUUAGAGAAACAUCCACACAUCAACUGAAUUCAGACCGUUAUGUGCACACUUUUAAAGAUUUAUCUAAUUUCUCAGGAGCCAUAAAUGUCACCUAUCGCUAUCUAGCUGGCACUCCUUUACCAAGAAAAAAGUACCUAACAGUUGGACUUUCAUCAGUCAAAAGAAAAAAAGGAAAUUAUUUGCUUGAAACGAUCAAGUCUAUAUUUGAGCAAUCCAGUUAUGAAGAACUGAAGGAAAUUGCAGUGGUGGUUCAUCUAGCAGAUUUUGACUUACCUUGGUGUGACAGCAUGGUCAGAGAUAUCACACAGAAAUUUGCUCACCACAUUAUUGCUGGACGGUUAAUGGUCAUACAUGCUCCUGAAGAAUAUUACCCAAUGUUGGAUGGCCUUAAACGAAAUUAUAAUGAUCCAAAUGACCGAGUCAAGUUUCGAUCCAAGCAGAAUGUGGAUUAUGCUUUCCUUCUUAAUUUUUGUGCCAAUAUUUCAGAUUAUUAUGUAAUGUUAGAAGAUGAUGUUCGGUGUUCUAAAAACUUCUUGUCUGCCAUUAAGAAAGUCAUUACAUCACGAGAAGGUUCUUACUGGGUGACUCUGGAAUUUUCAAAGCUUGGAUACAUUGGAAAACUCUAUCAUUCCCAUGAUCUCCCAAGACUGGCACAUUUUUUGUUAAUGUUUUACCAAGAAAUGCCUUGUGAUUGGCUAUUGAUUCAUUUCCGUAGUCUCUUGGCUCAAAAAGAUGUGAUGCGCUUUAAGCCAUCCCUGUUUCAACAUAUAGGAUAUUAUUCCUCAUACAAAGGAGCAGAGAACAAAUUAAAGGAUGAUGACUUUGAAGAGGACUCAUUUGACAUUCCUGACAAUCCACCUGCAGAGCUAUAUACAAAUAUGAAUGUAUUUGAAAAUUAUGAUGCGAGCAAAGCAUAUAGCAGUGUUGAUGAGUACUUUUGGUCCAAAGCACCCACAGUAGGGGAUUAUUUUGUAAUUAUAUUUGAGAAGCCCAUUAAUAUCAGCAAAAUUAAAGUGAGUACUGGAACAGAAGAUCGACAAAAUGACAUUUUGCAUCACGGAGCCUUGGAAGUUGGGGAAAAUGUUGGAUGGAGCAAAAAGGGAAAACAAUGUGCCACUUACUUGAGACUAGGGGAAUUCCAAAAUGGAAACUUUGAAAUAGCAGAUGUGAAGCACAAAGUUCCAUUUGAUAUUCACUGUAUAAGAAUACUUGCUACCAGAACACAAAAGGAAUGGCUGAUCAUUAGGAGUGUUAGUAUUUGGACCUUUCAGCCAAUAAAUCAAUGA